GUCCCAAGUCUUCUGCAUUAUUUAUUAACGCAUUCACAACACCGAAGAUGUUCAAUAAAGAUAUUUUCGGUCUAGUGGUGGUUGUUAUCAGUUCCAUCAUUCUGGUCGAGAUUUUCAACACGACCAAACCCAAACAUCCAGACGCUGGAUUAAAUAUUUUGCAACUUGUGGAAAAAUACGGCUACCUUAUCGAAACCCACGAAGUGGUCACCGAGGACGGCUAUAUUUUAACACUGCACCGAAUUGGGCAAAAGAACAAUGUUGCAAAACGCGAUCCCGUGCUUUUUAUGCACGGUUUCAUGCAAAGUGCCACCGAUUUCGUUAAUUUGGGCCCCGGCAAAGCGCUGAGUUUGCUGCUUUCAGACCGAGGCUACGAUAUUUGGUUGGGGAACGCAAGGGGGUCCACUUGGUCCAGGAAACACAAACGCUUUAAUCCCGACAAAGACGCCGAAUUUUGGGAUUUCAGUUUACAUGAAAUCGGGGUUUACGACAUUCCUGCCUUCAUCGACCACAUUUUGGAAGUUACGGGACGUGAAUCCAUACAAUACGUUGGUUAUUCUCAAGGUACUACAACCUUCUUCAUGUUGGGAUCAGAAAAACCGGAAUACGUGCAAAAAGUUAAGUUAAUGACGGCUUUGGCGCCCGCAAUUUAUUUGAAAAAUCCAAAAGGCCCGCUUUUGAAAUUUCUUGUAUAUUUUAGGCGUCUCUGGGAGUUCCUACUGAAAUUUUUCAACUUUCAAGAGUUCUUCCCGAGAGACGGACUAGUGGCGUAUUAUUUGAACCACAUUUGUAACGAAAAUUCAGUGUUUGUGGAUUUGUGCUUACACCACAUUUUCCUGCUUCAUGGCUACAGCCACGAACAGACAAAUAAGACACUUCUCUCCCUCAUAUUCUCUAACACUCCUGCUGGAGUUUCGCCGAAGCAAAUGAUGCACAUUGUGCAACUAAUGGAGUCUGGUAAUUUCCACCAAUAUGAUUUAGGGGUCACCGAAAAUUUGAAAAAAUACGGACGAAAGGAACCUCCACAUUACGAUUUAUCGAAAACCACGAAUCCGGUCGCUUUAUACUAUUCGAGUAAUGACUGGACUGUAAACACGGAGAACAUUGAGAGAGUGGUCAAAACCUUGCCGAAUGUCGUUAAAAGUUAUCAUGUGCCUUUGGAAAGUUUUAAUCACAACGACUUCAUGCACGGUCGAAAUGCCCCUGAACUUCUGUAUAGAGCAAUUAUAGAAGAAAUCUCAAAAUAUUAGCCAAAUAAUAAACACUGAUUAAAUAGUUAACUAUUUUUCCAUUUGGUUCGCUUUUUGCUAAACUCUUAUUGUUAUUAUAGCCAAUUUUACACACGUAUUUAUGUAUUUAUAUUAAAUGAAGGAAAAUAAACAAGUUUUUAUUUCAAAACA